CAUCUGAAAACACUCAAGGACCAGUCAAAUGAAGGAAAAAGAAAGUCAGCUGUGCUCCUCCCCAGGCACAUCGAAUGGGAAGCGUCCGAAAGCCAGCGUUUGGCGAUGACGUAAGGGCAGGCACUUAAGCGACUUUUUGAACGGCGCUGGGACAGAACUGUGCAGACUUCCCUGGAGAGUGUGCAGACUUCACUGGAGAGUGAUCACACCAGCGGGACGGGGCUGUUUACGAGCUGCCGUCUAUGGGUGAUCGCACGUAACCAGGGACGAAGGAAAAUUUCAAGUUUUGAUUAUAGUAAUAUUCGUAGAAACUCGCGUGCAGGAAUUCGGGCACUUUGCUAAUUUAUUCUUCACCGCGAGUCGGGUGGGAUAGGGCACGGUGGCACGCGUGGAGGAAAGCUGGAUGGCUCGCCGUGGUCAAUCGCGAAGCUGAUUUUAACGUCUCAGCACUUUUUGAAACUCAGAAGAUCCGAGGAUCCACAAAAUUGCAUUUCUUUCUUUCUUUCUUUUUUUGGUGCAACAUUUCCAGCUGUUCAUUUUAAAGGAUGACGCUGUGUGUGCCUUUGAUGCAGUUUGCGGUAUUGGACCGUUGCUUCUGUUGUCGUGCAAUGGGGUAUGACUGACGAGUCUAAAAAGCGGCUGUGGGAAAAAAAAAGAAUUCCAUACUUUCUCUGCUGGCUCGUUAAUGCUGGAGACCGCUGCUAGGCGGCUUUCGGGUACUGAGCCACGGCGCCAAUCCAAGCACAAAGAGUGCAGUGAUUCCCUGAAUGGACUGAUGGUUACCCAUCUAUGAAAACACGCUUCCAAACUAGAUGCGCUGGCAAGCGGCGUGCAGCGAUGCAUUAGUGCUGCUGGAAAGCGCUGUUGCCUGCAGUUGUCUUUACUCUGUUAAGGAAAACCAUUUUUAAGUUAAAAAAAUGAUUUCAGAGGAAAGGAACAGUUUCAUAUCUAAGGAUGCCCUGACCUUCCCGGUGGGCAUACUCAUUAGCUCGCCAAAAAGACGACUGGCGAAGCUGGGGAGAAAGCCGAGCAAUAGCUCCAGCACAUCUGGCACCACCACGAGAUCAGCGGAGAGCGCCAGUGUGAGACAGCCGGCCAAGAGCAAGAUCCGGCGGCACAACAACCGGCUCUCCACGGUGUUUACCAGGAGCACCUCUAUGUGGGAGAGCUCUCAGGGCUACUCUGGUGUGGAGGGAAACAUGCUGGUGAAUGAUGACCCUUCUGAGCUGUCCAACCAGAUAUCCACCCCAGGCAUCCUCAAAGUCUUCGGCAAUGACAUCUGCAAAGGGGCCCAUUACAAGAGCGUGCUGGCCACCACUCGUUCCAGCGCGAAGGAGCUGGUCAAAGAGGCGGUUGAGAGGUACUGUCUGGACAAGGCCGCCGCUGGGGACUACGUGCUGUGUGACGUCAUCGGGCAUGUGGGCACAGAUCGGCAGUGGAAGACGGAGUGCUCGCGGGUGGUGGGCGACAACGAGAAGCCACUUAUGCUGCAGUCACUGUGGAAACCUAAGGAGGGCUAUUCCCGGCGUUUCGAGAUCCAGAGGCGGGCCGCCGUGGAGGAGCGCGACGCGAAGGAGGUGGACACCAUCACAGCAGGCAUAAACGCCCAGGCGCGUAAGCUGCAGAAGAUCCGAUCCCGGGUGGCUUCUGCCUUCGGCAGUAGAGGACGCAGGGGCGUCGGUGGUGACGGCGGCAGCGAUGCGGAUCGCAGCCCAGGCUUGUGGAGGAGCCUGAGCGAGAUGGACCUGCCCGCUGAAGGCGAGGAGGCGGUCUGGGAGUGCGGGACCCUGGCCAGGGGCCGCGUGGAGUCCGAGGCCGACAAGGAGACCUGCUGUCCGGGCGCGGAGAAGGAGGACACGGAAAGCAGCGAUGACAACGGCACGCAGUACUCCAUCCACCCGCCGUUCGACUUCCCCUACUUCCUGCUCCUGGAGGGCUACAGCUACAGCCAGGAUUUUCUCAUCUAUCUGAUCAGUGGGUCGGGUACCACCUUUGGCCGAUGCAGUGACUACUCGACAGGUGAAGAAGUGGAAAGACCAAACGUGGAUGUUCACCUUGUGGCACCAGACAUCCAGCCCCAGCACUGCUGCGUAAGGCGUGUGGAGGUCUCCGGCCUGGAGGACAGGAGGAAGGCCAUCACAGUGCUGAGUCCUUUCCAUGGUGCCCUCAUCAAGCGCAAUGGCAUCCUUCUAAAAGAUGAGGUUGAGCUCCAAUCUGGUGACCUGAUCCAUCUGGGAAGUCACUAUAUCUUCAUGUUUAAGGACCCAAUAGCCGCUCCAGAAUGCCAAACACGCCUCUGGUUAAGCAAGCCCCGCUGUGCCCGGACGGAGUCGGUCCUCUGUCACACAUGUGGCUCCUGUCUCACCGAGACCCAAAAGAGGCUACCGGGGUCGGAGAAUACCCCUCCCAGCCUCCAGGACACAGAUGGCCGAGAUCUCGUCUUGCAGUAUCCGCUGGAACUGGAAGAUCGUAUCCUUCAGGAGAUUAUCGCUAUGGCGGAUCCCCAGAGCGCCGAGCCCAAGCUGACUCCGGCAUUCCUGCUCUGCCUGUGCAUUCAGCAUUCGGCCACUCGGUGCCAGACAGCAGAACUGCGCCGCCUUCUCCUCCGGAUCGCAAGCCAAGUGCAAGUCGCUAUGUGGGAAAGGACCAAAGAGCUUGCAGCGAUACAGCCAGAAGUGGGUGCUAAUGAUGGGCAGCCAGAGUCAGCAGAAGUGCGCCUGCCCACCAUGGAUGAACUGAUCCCAGGCCUGCAGCCGCUGGUGCUGUGGAUGGCUAACUCCAUCGAGCUGCUUCACUUCAUCCAGCAGGAAGUACCCAGCCUGCUGCCGUGGAAUCCAGAAGGCCUGGUGGAUUCUGAUCUAUCACGGUCAGCUAUGGAGGAGUCAGUGACUGUCCUGGAGGAAGUCAUUAUGUUUACAUUCCAACAGUCAGUCUACUACCUCACUAAGACUCUCUAUGCAGACCUGCCCGCCCUGCUGGACAGUAACCCCUUCUCAGAGAGUGGACAGCUGGCGGAUCCUGAGGGCGUCAGCAGUGUCCUGGCCAUCCUAAAGCAGACCCUGCAGCUGCUCAACUCGUUCCAGGUGCACUCAGAGAUCACCUCCCAGCUUUUUGCCUACCUCUUCUUCUUCAUCAAUGCCUCACUCUUCAAUGCACUGAUGGAGAGAGGUUCUGGAGGUGGAUUUUACAAGUGGUCAAAAGGGGUUCAGAUCCAGGCUAAUCUGGACCUCCUUAUGGACUGGGUACAGGGCAUCGGGCUGAGUGACUUAGCGCUGGACUUCUUCCAGAAACUCUCCUCUGCUGUCAACCUUCUGGCCACACCCAAGGAGUACCUGCUGCAGGCCUCGUGGAGCUCAUUGCGGAGGGAAUUUCUGCACCUGAACCCAGCGCAGCUGCACCACAUACUGAUGGAGUAUGACCCAGGAAGGGUCUGCCCGGCUGGCUGGAAUCCCACUCCAGACGAAGCUGAUGCAGCACAGAGUACUGCUGAUGUCCUGGAGAGUUUCGAUAACCAUCCACCCCUAAUCCUACCAAGCACCAGCUUUCAUCUAGAGCUGGGGAAGUCCAUCAAACACUCCAGUCUGUGCAUGCAGUUGGGUAAACUGCAGGACAUCAUCCAGAGUCUCCAUACUGGAGUGUCAUCUGUCAACCCCAAGAAACCACUGCAGCCAGUGGAGCGAAGCCAGGCAGUAACUCCAGAAUCCUCUGUGGAGGCAGAUGUUUCUGAAACGGGAGCCGCCCCAAGAAAAGAAGAGCCCCCAGACCAAAUGUCAAAGGCACCUAGCACUGGCACUGGGGAUCUGACCUCUUGUGAGGCAGUUCUGACCUAUAAGCUAAAGAAUCUGGAGCUGCAGAACAGCCUCUGCACAGACGCAGACCCGAGCUGCAGUAAACGCCUGGCCUUGGACCCCUCUUGUCUGCUAACUCCACCCAACACACCUCAAGGUCAGGAGCUGGCAGAGGCUGAGGCUGUCUUGCACACACUGGGAACCAGCCAAGAACUCAUUCAUCAUAAAGCUGAAGAGGACAGCCAUACUUCUCACUGUGUUGAGAGGAGUGAAGGAGAGGAAGAUGAGGAGGAAGAAGUGUUUACCGUGGAGCUGCAGAGGGGUCCCCAUGGUCUUGGUUUGGCCCUUGUGGAUGGAAUGAAAACAUCACUGAAAGUGAGUGGGAUUUAUAUCAAGUCAGUGGUUCAGGAAUCUCCCGCUGCUCAGUGUCAGAAACUGAGUCAGGGCGAUCGCAUCCUGGCUGUCAAUGGCUUGAGUUUGGUGGGAAUGGACUACACCAGUGGUCGGGAUCUCAUCCGGACGGCAGGGGACAGGCUGCGACUGCUGGUAGCUAAAUCAGAGCUGUGUAGCAGGAGCUCGCCUGCUAAAUGCUGAGGGGGGGUUGGGGUGUGUGUGUGUGUGUAUGAGACUUCCAACUGUCAAGGACCAGCGAAUGCUCUUGGAGACUUGGUGGGGGGGGGGGGUGUCUUGUUAUCAAAGGAAAAUGUCAAGAUAAUAGACUGUUUCAAGUUCCCUAGGGAAGUACCCUAAAGACACUUGGGUUAAUAAACUGCUGGAGGAAAACGUCUUCUCUCAAAGAGGAUAUUGUGUUUUUUCCACGGUCUGCUUCACUUAAGAACACCAUUGCCUUUCAUUUAAUUUCAUUUCAACCUUUGCAUCUUAUGGGUUUUAUAAGUUGUGGCCAAAAGCUCAAGUUUUUGAAACUUAACAUGAAAUACUACUAUGUAAUUAUGAAUCCAGAAUUAUGAAAUUCUUCACGGGAUUGCUUUGAUUGCAUCAGGGACACCGGGACAUACCUGGAAUCCAAUCUCGAAGACGGAGCAGAAGCCAAAAAUACUUGCAUAAUUUCUGCUGUAGCCUAAAGAACCAGCCUUUCUUGUGUUUGAUACCUUUCCAUCUGAACUACAAUAUAUUACUGUAUAAAUAAUAUAUUAUCUGUACAAUAUAAAAUGUACUUUGUAUUUAAUACAGCUAUAGCAAUAUGUCAGUAUACCUAAUGUGUAACUGAAAGAUUAUUUCAGUUAUGAAGAAUACUAUUAAAUCCUGAUACAGCUGAAGAUGGGUAAAGUGAAAUUCAGUUACGGCCAUGGCAGGAUUUACACCUUAAUCUGUGUUUUAUAUCUUUUAUGUCAGAACAUUAUCCGUAGUAUUAUUGAUAAAUUAAAACGUGUUCUACUGUUUUAAGGGAAAAAACAAUAAAUCAGUACACUAGUGCCUCACAGUGAGGCAACACUUCUCCAAUUGCCUCUGACCUAGUGAUUUUUAACCCCGUAUUGUGAAAUAGAUUGCAGCACUAAAAGUGUCUUUUGUACCUGAAAUUGCAUUUUUGGGUAAUAUAGUCAGAUGUACAAUUGAUUUUGGGCAAAGGGGUACUUUAAAAUUAAGCUUUAAAAUACUGGCUAAAAUAUGAGCUUCUUUUAAAAACAAACGGCUUUCAGUACUUUGGUACAGAAAGAGCUUACCUUGCUAGUUUUAUUGCCCUGUCAUCUAGGCAUCUACCAAGAAUCACUUCACAUAAAAACAAAAUUUAAAUGAUGAGUUUAACUUAUCUGUAUCUGUCAAAAUUAAAUGUUUUGUUAAGAUAUUUUUAGAAAAUCAAUAUUGAGGCUCCAGAUCAGCUGAGGGUUGUUAUUGUGUAUUCUCAUUUUGCCAUUUAACACUUUACCUUGUUUUUUUUUUACUAUCCACUGCAUUGUCAUAGUUCUCUGUCAAUAAUUGUAUGCUCUUGGUCAAUAUAGAUGAAUGCAUCCAUACAGGCACACAGGAAAUGUAAAUAACUUGUCAAACUGGAAAUACCAUAAGUAGAAUGUUUGUGUAAAUUUCAAAAGAAGCCCUUCAUUGUUACCAGUAAACAGUGUUGAUUGGAAAUUACAUUUACAAAUGUCCGUGUGUGCGUGUUUAUGUGUGCAAGUACCUGUUGAACAAUCUUUUAAACCUUUCCUAAUGUGACCAGACUGGAUAGCUCAAAAUGUAUCUUUGCAAUAAAAUAACUGUUGUUGUGUUUUGGUA